AUGAAGAUUCCUUACGUCCCAAACCCGCCAGAGACCAACACGCCCGAGGACGCCGCCAUAGUCGCCCGCAUCCAGGCCCGCCGCGCCCCGCGCCCGCUCAUUCCGCUGGACCUGGCCCUGCUGCACGCGCCGCCCGUCGCCGACGGCUGGAACUCGUUCCUCGGCGCCAUUCGUACCAAGACCUCUCUGCCGGACGACCUGCGCGAGCUGGCCAUCUGCCGUGUCGCCGUGUGCAACAAGGCCUGGUUUGAGUGGGCGCAUCACGCCCCGUUGGCCGUGGAUGGCGGCGUGAGCGUCGCGGCGCUGGACAUUGUCAAGGCCGAGCCGCUGCCGGAGGCGAGACCGGAAGCGCUGCUGAAUGAGAAGCAGUGGGCGGUGCUCAAGUACGCGGAUGAAAUGACGAGGAAUGUGCAGGUGAACGAUGAGGUGUUCAAGUUAGUGAGAGCGCAUUUCAACGAUCGCGAGACUGUGGAAAUUACGGCUACGGUUAGCGCAUACAACUGCGUGAGCCGCUUCCUGGUAGCACUCGAUGUCGGUGAAAAGAACGGGACUGGUCCCGGCGACAUUGCAGCUCAUUGA